GUUCAAUGCAUGCUCUUCCUAACAUUCAACGCGAAAAUGACACCAGAACCAACGUAGGAACCUUCACGUUUCGCUAUUUAAAGGAGGCGAACUUGUUCAGGAGGCAGUUCAUCUCAUUCGCUCAAGAAACAUGGCAGAGCAGGUCACGGAGAUGGUGAUCAAAGUGGAUCUUCAGUGUUGUCGCUGUUACAAGAAGAUCACGAAAAUCCUGUGUGAGAUCCCUCAUGUAAAAGAUCCAACCUUCGACGAGAAACAGAACACAGUGAAGAUCAAAGUGGUGGGUUGCGAUCCUGAGAAGGUCAAGCAAAAGAUACUUUGCAAGGGAGGAAAGAUCAUUCUCUGCAUCAACAUUAUACCCCCCAAACCCAAACCCGAACCCAAACCCAAACCCAAACCAGAACCCAAACCAGAACCCAAACCCGAACCCAAACCAGAACCCAAACCAGAACCCAAACCUCCACCGGUGCCAGGUCACCCGCUUGUGUAUUGGAUGGGGAAGGUGUAUGUUUGUCCCACGUGUCAUAAUCGGGGUUGUGGUUGGUUCUGUCAAUGCAACUGUCACGGUGGAGGGCCACCAAUGUGCGGUGAUGGAUGCGGGAAGCCAGCCCACGAGUGCAGAUGCAAGAGGCCACCGAUGUGCCCUGAUGGAUGCGGGAGACCGACCGACAAGUGCAGAUGCAAGAGGCCACCGAUAUACUGUCACUGUGGAGGGCCACCGAUGUGCGCUGAUGGAUGCGGGAGGCCAGCCCACGAGUGCAGAUGCAAGAGGCCACCGAAAUGCCCUGAUGGAUGCGGGAGACCGGACGACGAGUGCAGAUGCAAGAGGCCACCGAUAUGCAAGAGGCCACCGAUGUGCCCUGAUGGAUGCGGAAGGCCGGCCGAAGAGUGCAGAUGCUGGAGGCCACCGAUGUGCCCUGAUGGAUGCGGAAGGCUGGCCCACGAGUGCAGUUGCUGGAGGCCACCGACGUGCCGUGAUGGUUGUGGGAGGCCGGCCCACGAGUGCAGAUGCCGGAGACCAAUUUACCCAUGGUGUUGCGAUCGCUGCAGCUAUGGAAACGCCUCUUCAUCAUGCCUGCAUGGUUGUGACUACGGAAGGCCGCCGGUAUGCACCAAUGCUGGCUACGACUGUGAAACUUCCUGCGCGCUUAUGUGAGGAGAGUUUUAAAGUAUUUGUGGAAAUGAGGUUUUCAGUUUCAAGACUAAGUGUUUUUAUGAGAUUUGUCAGAUCACGACAAGGACCUUCUACGUCGCACGAUACUCCCUUUAUUGCCUCAAUAAACACCAAUUAUUGAGUUACGAAAAUGAGAUUUUUGCAACAGUUAAGAUUUAUUGAGGCAUUGAGGGGAGCACGAUAUAUACUAUAUUCCAUUAGAUAUAUGUUGUUGUUGCAUCUUGAUUAUGUGUGGGCAAGAGGGUUGAUAUGCUGUAUUAUGCUUACUAUAGGUUCGAACCUAUUACCCUUUGUAUUACCUAUCACCUACGGUGGCCUUUGAUGUAUUUGUUGAUUUGAUACUUGCAAUAUAUGAUUACGGGUGUAUCAUGGCCGAUAUAGUUUAUUUAGAUGA